AACGCAAAGAGAUUCGAAAUUUCUUUUCUUUCGUCUCUUCACUCCCGGUAGUCGAAAUGGAAGAGAAGAUGAUUGGACCGGGUACUCUGCAAUUCGGACUUGUAGACUCGGCAGCAGUUGAGCGGAUCACGAUCCUUGUAAUACGCGAUUCCAAGUAUUGAAAAACGACACCGUGUUGCCUGGUUAAGGGGUUUUUUUUGGGUUAUAAAGCCAUUAUCGUCUCCAUUAUUCCAUUCUUAUUCGUUUAGCUUCCAAACCAGAGAAAAAAGAGAGCUUUUUCAACAGGGAAACGAUGCCGUACUACUCAAGAAGCGAGGACGACGUCAACGAGUUCGACGAUUACGAUCCCACCCCCUAUGGUGGCGGUUACGACAUUGUUCUCACCUAUGGUCGCCCGAUUCGGCCAACUGAGGACACCUGUUACCCCAAUUCCUCUUCUGAUGACUUUGAUUACAAUCGUCCCCAGUACUCGUCCUCUGCCGAACCCUCUGCCUAUGCUGAUGAGGCUCUCCAGACUGAGUACAGCAGCUAUGCUCGCCCUAAACCCCGACCUGCUCCCGGUUUUGUUCCAGGUGGGGGAGGAGGAUAUGGAGGGUCUAGGCCAGAGCCUGCUUAUGGGUUUGAACCUGGUAUGAAUAGGCCUGGAUAUGGAUCUGGGUCAGCUGGCGGGACUGGAUAUGGCCGGAGGCCUGAGUCUGAGGAGCCCGGAUCAGAGUAUGGAUCUGGGUAUGGUCGUAAGGCCGAGUUUGGGGCCCCUGAAUCAGAAUAUGAAUCCGGUUAUGGCCGGAAACCUGAGCAAGAUUACGGAUCUGGUUAUGGCGGGAGGACUGAAUCCGAGUACGGAUCAGGCUAUGGGGGGAGGAAGGAACCCGAGUACGGAUCAGGUUAUGGCGGGAGGAAGGAACCCGAGUACGGUUCAGGUUACGGAGGAAGGACUGAGCCCGAAUAUGGAAGUGGCUAUGGCGGAAGGACUGAAUCCCAGUAUGGCUCGGGAUAUGGCGGGAAAACCGAGUCCGGAUAUGGAGAAAGUACCGAGUAUGAGGGUAGGAGGUCAGAGUCUGGGUAUGGCCGUAAGCAGGGAUAUGGGGAGGAGCAGCAAAGUGGGUAUGGCUAUGGAGGAGAAAGAACUGAGUAUGAGAAGCCAAGCCAUGGAAGGACUGAAUAUGAGAGGACUGGCCAUGGAGGAGAUGAACCCCCAAGAAGGCAGAUCCGUGAAAGCGAGGAAGGAGGCUAUGGAAGGCGGAGUGAUGGAAAAUCUGAGGACUACAGGAAACCCUCUUAUGGUAGGCGUGAUGAAGAUGAUGAUGAUAGUCCAAAGUAUGGCCGCAAGAAACAUGGGGAUGAUAGCUCUAAUGAUGAUGAGGAUGAGGAGAAAAAGAAACAUCGCUAUAAACACCACCACCACAAGCACAAGCACCAUGAUGACGAAUGAAAGAAAUGCAGCGUAUGCGAGUGGAAUUCAUGCUAUAUACUAAAUAAAUGUUUUGAUGCAUGCAUUCCUUUGCUGGUACUGUAUUUUGAGUUCUGAACCUUGAAGUCAUACAUACUUGUUAAGCUAAAGUAUGUAUUGAUCUGUGAUCUUGUUCUCCUUAAAUAAACUCCCAAUGUAUUUGGGUUGGUAUGUCAUAUGUUUCUGUGGUAUUUUCCUCUUUAAUGAUAUCCCAGUAUAUUUGGGUUGGUGUUGGUGCGUCUC